AAAUCCGCGUUUGUAGUGACUGAAACAUCGUGAGACAAGCGAGAGUCUACCCAAGCAGAAGAGCAGUACAGCCAUAAGAGAACAGCCAAGUUGUCUGAAUAUAGUGAACGUUGACUUUAUCAACUCCAAAAAUGCCUGCAAAGGUACAAUGGUCGUUUUUCCGUCGUUUGGCAAGUCAGGCGAAAUAUAACUUGGAUGAACUGAAACCACCCGUGGAACAAAACAAAAUCGUUGGGCCCAAUUUACAGCAAUGGAUCUACAAUAAGAUGGGAUUCAAUCAGUAUGGUUUAAUGAGAGAUGAUAUGCGUUACGAGACACCAAUAGUAAAAGAGGCCCUGAAACGCCUACCUGAACAUGUUCAAGAUGAGAGGACCUUUAGAAUUGUACGAGCUGGCUAUCUUUGCUUGAAAAAGGAUGUACUACCUAAGGAACAGUGGAUGACACUGGACAAGGAUGUGUUAUAUCUCACUCCAAUCAUUGAAGAAGUCAAGAAGGAAAUUGCAGAAAAGGAGCAGUGGGAAAAUAAUUAAACAAAAUUAAUGUAAAGAUCUAUCAAUUGAGUGUUACUAUUAGCCAAGAUUCAUUAAAAGUUUAUGCUCUUACAUAUAAAUAUCGCGCUACCUUUUUCCAGGGCGAUUCUUGUACAUACGUUUUAAGUCGUGUAGAAAGCAUAAAAGGUUCACGAAUAAAAAUGUUAAUUUGUAAACAAUAGUUAGAUUAACAAUUUUUGUCAGCUUAUCAAGAAACAAAUGGUUUUGUUCCUUUUAUGUUAUAAUUUGUACAUUGUAAAUAAUUUCACAAUUACACAUGUCAAUUUUGAGAGUUUUCAAACAGGGUCAAACUCCUCAAAGCAGGUUUUUGUUCUGUAAAGCAAAAUACUGAAAGGCUUCAAUUACGUUUUAAUUCUGCUAAUAGACAACCUCAUUAUAUAGUACACAUAACUUAUCGAAUUGGCGACUUUGACGCAUAUAAAAAUUAAAUUUGUUGUUCUUUUCAAUUUAGUAAAUAAUAUAUAUAUUUUUAUAAAAAAUAUCCUCUCUCGCACAAAUACAAAUCAGAAGUUAUAAUUUCAGCUUGCAAAAACCAUCAUGUCGUACUUCGUGACAAUCGUUUUAUUAUUAAAUUAUUAUAUUUGUUAUAUAUAUUUUAUGAUUAUUAUAUUGAUAAAAUUAUCACAGUUGCAUGCACACUGUUAAAGUAAGUAGUUGUUGAGCAAGCUAGAAUAAUAAAUCACUGAGAACUUUUCAAUUUGAAUUCAAAUUAAUUUCUUGACAAAAUUCAAACGAAGUAAAUUCAAUUUCAUGUAUCGAAGGCUAAAAAUAAAUAAAGCAAACUUUUAUCUCGAAGUUUAUUAGCAAAGCAAAAAUCAAAAUCUCUGUAGCUAAAAGGAGAUAGUUGACUAAAUUCAAUUAUGAAAAUUUUUCAGCCUUAGGUGGCUUUCGACCAUUCAAACAACAAAAAAAAACUAAAAUACGAUCUCGAAACAAAAAUCAAACAGUGAAUAUUCGCGGGCACAUUCCAGUCAAAAGGUCUCUGGCGAUCAAUACCGCAAGCUGCGCAAGGUAAACGCGCGUCCAACUCGCACGAAAGGAGAGAAAAAAAGCUGUCUACGUCGAAAACAGCAGCAAGUUAGUCGUGGCGACGGCGCGAGCUUUGCGGGGCAGUGUGUUGGGCUUUUGCCGGGAACAAUUGUCAACUCGCGAAGUGUAACUUUCUCCUUUCUCUCUGUAUUUUCUCAAGACAUUCACCAGUGGUAAUAUAACGUUCGAACAUUAGUUGUUUCUCAAGAAAAAGAAAUCAUCAGGAUGACGAUAACCAAGGCAAGUGAAAGUAAUUCGUUUUUCCAUGUCGCCAUAAUUACAAAUUUCCUCGCGAAACGUGUUAUUGGUGGGUCAUUAAGUUCAUCUGCAAUAAGAAAAAAAAUUUCUUUUAUGGAGAGAAGAUCGAUCGUCGCCUAUUGCGUGCCGGCAAGUGUACAAGCCACCGGCGGUGUGUUACGUAAAAUCACGUACAUCCUUGGAAUCGUCCCGAAAUAAAUUAGAAUUUAUCGAACGUGCUAUAAUUUCCACGUGAAAAAGUUGACGCGAUUAUUCGUCAAAAUUUUGAAAACUAAUUGUCGCACCUGAAAAUGUUUUAUAUUAUCCUUUUUCUUUCACACAUAUACAUCAAAUAAAUGAAGACUUUAGAAAUAUAUAAACGAAUAGUUUUAGUCCGUCUUACGUAAUGAUCAACAUGAGAUGCUAUUGAUGGUUUCUUCAGGGUGAUAUAACUUUUGAUCUUUUGUGCGAGAGAGAAAAUCUUUUAUGAGAAUACAACAUAUAUACCUGGACAUGUUCUUGAAUGCGACUGAUUGUGCAAGGAAGCGCAGAAAUUUCUUAAAUGCUUGGUUUCAAAGCUGCAGCUUUUGAAUUAUACUUUUGCUCGAGUAUUACAUUUUAGAUAUGAUUUUUUCUCUACUGUAAAAUGUGAAGUUGUCAAGCGGAACUUAUGUUAAGCUAUGUUAAUUAUUAACUUAUGUUAAUGUGUUUCAAGCUUGCUUGAUUUUACGAAAUGACUUUUGACAAAGUUGAUGUGCUGUGAUUAUAAAAUUAUUUUCAAGGAUUAGUACUUUUUAGGAACUUCAAUACAAAUCUGACGCAAUUAACUUUUCGUGAAAAUUUAAUUAACACAAUUAAGUGAAUUUUAAUAUGUGAACAAUAAUUAAUCGAGAUGUAGAUUUUCAUUAGAAUAACAAAGUUAAGUGAUAUAUUGUGAAUUUUAUAACAUAUAAAAAACAUUGUCUCUCAUGAAAGGGUCGUGCAAGAAAAAUUGAUUAAAGUUCAGAAAAUUGAAUUUCUAAUCACUUUCACGUGCAGUUUUGAAGGACUACUUUUUUAAUAUAUUACAACGGGUAUAGAGAAGGAUUAAAAGUUGAGAAAUGUAUUUGUGGGUCAAUCAGAUGCAAGUAUUAAAAGUAAUGAAAAUUGCUACCGAGCUUCUAUUCUUGUUUUAAAGGUUAAUGAACAAUUUUACUUUCUAAUUAUCUAAUAAAAGUCGAUGUACAAUGAGAAGGACACGCACUAAAAGCA